AUGUUCUACUUUCACUGUCCGCCUCAGCUGGACGGAGAGUGCUGUCGCUCCAACACAUUGAAUUCAAGCGGCUUUGGCAACCACGCCCCGGCUGAUUUUGAUGAUGGAUUUCUACGUAGAAAACAGCGCAGAAACAGAACAACAUUUACUUUGCAACAGUUGGAGGCUUUGGAGGCCGUCUUCUCGCAGACUCACUACCCGGACGUGUUCACCCGAGAGGAGCUGGCCAUGAAGAUCAACCUGACCGAGGCCAGGGUGCAGGUUUGGUUUCAGAACCGCAGAGCAAAGUGGAGGAAGACAGAGCGAGGGAGCGCAGACCCUGAUGGAGGGAAAGAGCAGAUGAGUGACGGCACUCCUCCAUCUCGCGGCAUCAACUCUCAGUCCCCAGUGGACCACAGCAGAAAGCAGAAAGAACCACUGGAGAUGCAGCAGAGUAUCAACAGGACAGUGGGUCCAAGUGGUCCGUUCUUCCCAUCUUGUAUACCAGGCACACUCCUCAACUCUGCCACCUACGCCCAGGCCCUCUCACAGGUCGCCACGCUGAAAGGUAACGGCUUGUGCUCCUGCUGUGUUUCUGACCCCAUGGGCUUGUCCUUCCUGCCGCCCUACGGUUGUCAGGGCAACCGCACAGCCAGCGUCGCCGCCCUGCGCAUGAAGGCCCGUGAGCAUUCGGAGGCUGUGCUGCAGUCUGCCAACCUGCUCGGUGCGGCGACUGGUCCCGGCUCUGGUGUGGGAGUCCUGUCUGGAGUCGGCAUGGGCCCAGCUGGGCUGGCGAGGCCCACUGUGGGUCCCUCCAUCGAGGUGCCCAUCGCUUUGGGAAGAGGGGGAGACAGCUCCAGUCCCAGCCCGGCCAACAAGGUCCCAGUCCUGGGCAGCAGUCCUGACAAACACCCUCACUGCUCCAAGGAACCUCUGGAGAAAAAGUGAAGCGCUGGACACAAACGUGGAUGUACUGAUACUCUAAAUCUGU